AUGGUUGACCACAGCGCAUCCUCCAAAGUCAUGUUGCACGGCAGCUCCGUGCUGUCGAAACCAUACGCUGCGUUUUCAAACACAAACACACCGUCGAACGGUGUAGUGUCGUCGGAUGAAGACCAGGCUAGUGCUUCUACUGUAUCAAGUCAAGAGCCACCCAGCAGAUCUCGGCCUACAGUUUUGCUGCCAAGGAUCAAAAUGGAAAAUUCCAUGGUAUCUUCAGAGUCACCAAGAACUGCGUCAUCCAGAACCGAAGAUGCCGCAAAGAGAACCGAUAGGGACAUGAACAUGAUGACUCAUAUCCAACAUGGCUACGGUACUUCUAAUGAUAGUGCGCUUAAGCGGUUGCAUAUAACUUCUCUCACAGAGAUGUUCAGAAAUAUCGCCAGAAACUUCACCAGUUCCAUUUUCCCCUCUAAUUAUCCAUUCGGAUCUGGGUAUCAGGAUCAAUCCCCAAGCAAGAAGGAGAUUCUGACUUAUGUUCCUGACCGCCCUACCACUAUGUUCCUUAUCGCUAUCUAUAUGGAUACAAUUGAAAGGACACACCCCUUGUUGCACCCGCCAACCUUUCACGAAGAACUGAAGCUAUUUUGGGAAAACCCUGCAGAAGUAGACGAUGGUUGGUUAGGGCAGUUUCUUGUGAUGCUGGGUCUGGGUUAUCACCUGUCGAGAGGUGUAAACUUAAGGCCAAUUGAGGAGGAAAUUCUGAGCAAGUAUUUUCGAGGAGCCGGGACCUGCCUUAGAAGCACAAAUUUUCUCUUCUCCCCUACGCUCACUUCAUUGCGGACUCUCAGUAUGAUGGUUUUAUCUAGACGCUUACUUGCGUCUACUUGCCUCGAACUUGAUGCAUGUGGGCCUCUUAUGAGCACUGUUGUCAGAAUGGCCAUGGCCAUUGGUCUGAACGUAGAUCCACGACAUGACUUCGGAAAGACACCCUUUAUUGAGUUAGAAAUGCGCAGAAAGUUGUGGACAACUAUUGCAUUGAUGGAAGCUAGCACCUCAAUUUUGACUGGCACACCAUUCUUAUUUCGAUCGUCUGAUAUUGACACUCAGAUGCCAGCGAACCUGAACAACAAAGACUUGAAUCCUUCAAUACUUCACCAUCCCGUCAUAAGACCCCUAUCAGAAUUUACGGAUUCUACAUUGUCAAUAUUUUUCGCACGGUCAUCUUAUAUGGCCUUUGAUGUGAUAAUUCACGCAAACUCGACAUCCACGCGGCUGCAGUACGAGGACGUCCUUGUGUACGAUUUGAAGCUCAGGAGCCUCCUCAAGGAAAUAUCACAACUGUACUACCAGUCCCCCUUGGCACCACCGGAGGAAUGGAAACAGAACCAGAAGUUUAUGCUGGAAAUUUUCUUGCGGCGUAUUCUACUAGCCUUGCACUCCUACCAUGGGCUAAUGCCCAACGCGGAUGUCGAGUUUCCAGUAUCGUACUGGUCCACUCUGGAAUGCUCCCUCGCACUUCUUGUCAUUCAGCGGCAACUAUCGGAGGAUUCAAAUAGUCCCCAAGGUCGGGUGUGGUUGGGUGAAUAUUUUAAACACGAUUUCUACGCAGCAACGUUAACCAUAUGCUUAGUAGUGACCCGCAAUGAUGAUGGCGACACGGGUAUCAAUUCAAAGGGGUCACUCCAACAUAAUAAUAUAGAGAUUCCUCAACGAGAGACCAUCCUCCAAACAGUACUAUGCUGUCGCGACAUCUGGGCACGUCGUAUCUGUCAGACAUAUUGCCAUUUCCUGUCACAUAUGAAUCUCGGCACCAUCAUUGCAAGCAUGAUAAACCCCAAUAAUGCAUCGGUUGAUGAACUAUGUCGCUCGAGCCUUCUCGACAGCCUUCGCACACUGAAAAACUGCAAAUGUGGAAACUGUGCGACUGGCCCGUGUAGUGUGAAGGGAUCCUUGUUGAAUCACCCCGACUACCUGGCGGCAUAA